AUCUUGCACUGCGCUGUAGGAAUCGUACCGUCCUCUGUGGUUUUGACUGGGUUUCAGGUCAUGUCUCGGGUUUUCCUCACAUGGGCUGUCACUCACAGUGUCAGAGAGGUCCAGAGUGAGGACAGCGUGCUGCUGUUUGUCGCAGCCUGGACGGUCACUGAGAUCAUCCGCUACUCCUUCUAUACCUUCAGUCUGCUCAACCACCUGCCAUACCUCAUCAAAUGGGCCAGGUACACCUUCUUCAUUGUGCUGUAUCCGAUGGGAGUGACGGGGGAACUGCUGACCAUCUACGCAGCUCUUCCUUACGUGCAGAAAACAGGCCUGUACUCCAUCACCCUCCCCAACAAGUACAACUUCUCCUUCGACUACUACACCUUCCUCAUCCUCGUCAUGAUCUCCUACAUUCCCUUGUUUCCUCAGCUUUACUUCCACAUGAUUCGACAGAGGAAGAAGGUGCUGGGACACACAGGCGACUACAGCAAAACGGAGUGAGCUCAGCCCAGUUCAGAACACUUCAAACCAGGAAAUAAAGAAACCAAAACACCCAAAACAAAAGAAAGUUUUCAGUUUUUCAAACUGACCUUCAUUGUUGUUUACAGCUGCUGUGGAAGUUGUUCAGGAUCAGCUCAUUAUUUUGUUUUUAUAAAUUGUGCUUGUAGCUCUAAAGAAACUGAGCAGAGUAUUGACCAAAGCUCKAACACAGUUCUGACCUGAAUGAAAGCAUUUAUUUAAUGACACUACCACCACCUCCCCUUUACUUACUGAUUUAAUUUAUCUUAUCAGGUUUUCUUUAGGCUCCUGUAAGAGAGAGAAAAAUGUGAAGUCUAGCACUGAUAGUUGGAACGAGCUGUAAUACAAUUAAUGUUUGUUUUUGUGUAUUUUAUUCAGUCACAUUCCUCAUUUAGCUCAAUAAACUGAUCCCAUGUGUGCAUGCUUGUUCUGUUGCUAAGUUGCUUCAGUAUUAGUUUGAUAUAUUUCUCAUUCAGCGAUGAGUGUUGUUUUUUCUUAUUGUUUGUUCUGGUGAUAUAAAUGUGUAGAACAUGUCUUGUUCACGUCAGCGACCAAACAUCAUCCUCCUCCCUGUUUGAGCUUUUUUAAGACCGUUUUGCUAACCUGCUGAACUAAAACACCCCAGUCAGUUUCUGCUUUUACAUUUUUUUACCACAUGGCUUUAACUAAAGCAGAAAUGGGACAGUUUAGCCUAAAAKAAACAGAUUGCACAACCUGUGUAGCAAGUGUUUUCAAAUGAAACAAGUUUUGAUAUGUAAAACAAUAAAGAUGCAUUGUAGCCUGAA